GGUAGGAUUUUUGGCACCAUCACUACAUGCACAUUGUAUUGCACCUCCCCUACGUAUGCUCACAUCAGAUGCAAGCUUCAAAUGGAUUUUUCUCCUAAUCUCUGCAUUCAAAAUUUAAAAUGAAAUGUCAAUUUUGCUCCAUUUUACAGAUUAUUUUUUACGAGGACAAAAAUUUUCAAGGUCGUAGUUAUGAGUGCAGCAAUGACUGCACAGACCUGCACACUUACUUCAGCCGCUGUAACUCCAUCAGAGUGGAGAGUGGCUGCUUUAUGAUCUAUGAGCGUCCAAAUUAUAUGGGCCACCAGUAUUAUAUGAAAAGAGGCGAGUAUCCCGACUACCAGAGAUGGAUGGGCUUCAGUAGUUCUGUUCGAUCCUGUCGAAUAAUUCCAAUGUACAGAGGUUCAUAUAGACUGAAGAUCUAUGAGAAGGCUGACUACGGAGGUCACAUGAUGGAGUUCAUGGAUGACUGCCCUUGUGUGUCUGAUCGUUUCCAUCAUCGGCAUGUGUACUCCUGUAAUGUGAUGAAUGGAAACUGGAUCUUCUAUGAAUAUCCCAACUACAAAGGAAGGCAGUACUUCCUGAAACCCGGAGAAUACAGGAGAUACCGAGACUGGAGUGCGACCUGUGCCAUUGUGGGCUCCUUCAGACGAGUCACCGAUUAUUAGCCAUUUUUCUUAUUUGUAUGA